AUGGUAGAAGAAUCAUGUGCAGUGACAGUUUCCAACUUUCACUUAAACCUCAAUCAAGAAUAUAAAAAUUUGGUUGUAAAUACUUUGACUUGGGCCUCUUCCCUGUCUACUCUUGACCUAUCACAUUCAAACUUUCAAAUUGAUCCACCAAACCCUGUUCCUAGACUUGCUAUGGGUCAUUGCUUUUUUACUGUCGAUGAUCCAUUCAUGGGUACUUCACUUACUAAAAUAUUCGCAAGUCGUGAAGUUGCAUUGUAUAAUAUUGGAUUUGAACAUCAAAUUUGUACACUGGAAUUACCCAAAGUUUGUUUUCCAAUAUUCAAUUCUACCGCUUUGGUACAAGCAAUAAGAUUAAAAAACCUUCAACUAUUACAACAAACACAUCAACUUGAACAACAUCAACAACAAUCACAUCAACUUCAACAACAACUUCAACAACAACAACAUCAACUCCAACAACUUCAAUUCCAAUUACAACAAAUUCAACAAACCAAACAACAAUUACAACAACAACAUCAACAAUCACAACAACAAUUACAACAAUUUCAAAAUCAACAACAACAACAACAACAAACUUGA